GAUCAAUUUUAGCAGCUGGCUCGUCUUCUAUCAGUCUUCUAGGUCUCUCUUCUAAUUCUAUGUAUAGGUUACAACUAGAGCUAAAAAAGAGAUCAUGUCGCAAAGGACUUCGUACUUUCUCCGGAUGGCAUGGGGCGGCUCGUCGUGCUCGUCCGCAGUGCGAGCACCUAGUAGUAGAAAGAUCCGCAGUUGUCUACCAUUAUCUUCUCUAGCGCAGAUGAUGGACCUCCACGAAGCGUCUCUAUGUCCAGAAGACCACAACGACAACUCUUCAAAGAACGCUUCUUCACCUGGAGGACCUUCGUCAUUUCUGAAGAACAACCUCCCAACUUCUUCAUCUUUCAGUUCAGGAGGCAGUUCUUCUAGUACUGCUCGUGCUCCUUCCAGCAAUUACCAUCUUCACAAAAACCCGACGGCGCCGACGAGGACUUAUCCGCAAGAACCACACACUCCUACUUCCUGCACAAUCCCACAAGCGCGCAUAAUCUCUCGACAGCACGCUUUGGUAAGGCAUCUGCGAGAACUACGGAGAAACAAAGGACUGAGGACAAGCGAUACGCUGUUUGUGAAAGGUGGGAAUUUGUUUGCCGAGGCUCUGAGGAGAGAGCCGUUGCUUCAACGAGAAGCAGUGCAAGUGAAUCGUGGGAGACGAGAUGAACAUGAACAAAGUAAUGACGACGAUGAUGGUGGAGAUGAUGGUCCCGACGAUGAAUUCGAGUCUUCCUGUUCCUCGAGGACCCAUCCCGGUGGACGUCGUGGUCAUGGAGCAAGCGGCCACCGCCCAAGAAAUGUCCUCCAUGUAAAAUCCCUCGUCAUCCGCUUUGAAGCCGACGGACGGAUCGAAGGCGCUGUGGCUGAUGUAUGGCCAUAUUGCCGCGUCUAUCGUUUGCCGCUGGAGCUUUUGGAGUACGUGAUGUCUGACAAUCUGCCGGAUCUAGGGGAUCCUGCACUGCCUGAUGACGACGGUUUUCUCCCUGUCGUCACAGAGUUCGGGAGUGGGAAGAACGGUAGUGCGGCCACAACGAGAACUAGAAAUACUGCUUCAGGUUCAACUCCUUCAGCUUCUAGUUCAACAAGCUCAACAAAAAAGAUUGCUGGUUGUAGACUUCCGUCUGUGGAGAGCCUGGAAGCAAGAUGGCAAGCCUUGAAAGAAGAAGCGACGUCUACUGAAAGCAAGAGGAGUAUCGAUGAGUUAUAUUCAGAAUACGCUGAUGGUGAUGAUGAAAGGAAUCCUGAAGAAGCUGAUAAGGCAGCUGAGACAAAAGUAGAGGUGGAACAGGACGAUCAGGAUGAAGCUUUACUUCGAUCUCCUUCUGAAGCUCGGGCUUUUCUCUAUGCUUUGCUGAUGCGAGAAGGCUCAUUUUUGGUCGGAGAGGUUUUUAAACCAAAAACUUUACUAGAAGGAGGUUCUGAACAUCAAGUCACGAUAAAUUCCGGCACUCAUCGCUUGAGAAAAGGUAAAAAUACCAGGCCCCUGUACCUCGCUCUGGAUGGUAUCCAGUAUCCAGACAAUAUGGGUCGCCUGCUUCGUGUCGCGGAAGCUCUCUCCUUUGACGGUGUACUGACCUUAGGCCGGAGCGCAGUGUCACCUUGGAAUUGGCGCACUCUCUGUCAUUCUGGUCUAUCUCCAGGUUGGUGCUUGCCUGUUGAGUUGUGUCCCUCAUCUAUGGCUAUGGCAGAACGCAUGCGAGAACUGAAUCUGUUACCACUGCUGGCUAGUGCAGAAGCACCACACACCUUGAGGGACGUGUUGGGAAAUCGGCAAUGUCUGGAAUUAUUGAAGGGGUCUGAUGAAGGUGCAGGAGGAGAAGGAGAUGCACUUGCACAACCAGAAACUACGCCUGGCGUCUGCCUCAUCCUCGGGUCUGAGUCCUUUGGUCCCAGUGCUGAUGUCCGUGCUAACGCUGUGCCUGUGAAAGUCGAUAUGGCGUCGACUUUGAUAAAGUCUCUGAAUGUGUACGUCGCUGGGGGGAUAUUGAUGGAAGAGCUGCGGGGGGCAAUGGAUAGAUUGAGGGUAUAAGUUUCUGGGUGUUUCAUGUGCUUGACCGUAGAAGUAUCAUUUUGGCUAUUUAAUGAAAGAGAAGAACGAUGUUGAAGGUUUCUUCUGGAGGUAGAAGAGGAAAGAAAACGUAUGCCUGGUUUUUGACGAUGAUUCGGUAUUCACAAUAAUGAAUGUGGACGAUCCCUUUUCUAGGGAACAAACUGUAUGCAAACAGGACGAUAUGGAGAGGACAGAAGUCAAAGAUUUUUUAGGAUGAAAGAAAAGUGGAAUUGGAAAUGAUUUUUCUCCCCCCUGAU